UCGAGGCGUGAGAUCUUCGCAUUGCUCAAUUAAAUCUUUUCGUACACUUUCGCAUCAGACGAAGCGUCUCUCUUUCCUCUCUCUCUUUCUCUCUGCUUUGUUUGCAAGCCCUAAUUCCCCUUCGAUCUUCGCAGCACAUCAAAUCCUUCGCCGAUCGCCAUGGCCAAGAGUUCUUUCAAGUUGGAACACCCUCUAGAGAGGAGACAGGCAGAAGCUGCUCGCAUCAGAGAGAAGUAUCCUGAUAGAAUUCCAGUCAUUGUGGAGAAGGCUGAAAGGAGUGACAUCCCCGACAUUGACAAGAAGAAGUAUCUUGUUCCUGCUGAUCUGACUGUUGGGCAAUUUGUGUAUGUUGUUCGAAAGAGGAUAAAGCUAAGUGCUGAGAAGGCCAUUUUUAUCUUUGUGAAGAACAUCCUUCCUCCCACUGCUGCUAUGAUGUCCGCAAUUUAUGAUGAACACAAGGAUGAGGAUGGCUUCCUCUACAUGACUUAUAGCGGGGAGAACACCUUUGGAUCCUUCUGAAGUUGCCAACAGCCUAAUCUCUCUGUAUAUAAUCUCAGAAAAAUUUGUAAAUCCUUGUUACAAGUCUGUAUGACUCUAUUCUCCCAAAGAUCUGAAUGAUGCACGAGCUUGCAUUGGUUUAAUAUCAAUUUAUUGUCUUUGGUCAUAUAU